AUGCUAGCGCUGCGCUGCGUCCGCCUGUUCCACCUGCUUCCAGCCCCGCGCCCCGCGCCGCUGCGCCUCCCCGCGGUCCGCGCCUGCAGCGGCGGCGCCCGCGACGCGUCCUCUACCUCCUCCGGGAACCCCCGGUGUACCAGCGUGGGCGCCGACGGGCAGCCCUCGGCCCGCGUGGUGCCGGAGCUGAAGGCAGAUGUGGUCCCAAAGACAGCUGAGAACUUCAGAGCCCUGUGCACUGGUGAGAAGGGGUUCGGCUACAAUGGCUCGACCUUCCACAGGGUGAUCCCAUCCUCCGUGUGCCUGGCGGGCGACUUCGCCAACCACAAUGGCACAGGGGGGACGUUCAUCCACAGAAGCCACUUUCCCGACGAGAACUUCACACUGGAGCAUGUGGAACCAGGUGUCCUGUCCAUGGCUAACGCUGGCCCCAACACCAAUGGCUCCCAGUUCUUCAUCUGCACCACAAAGACAGAUGGGUUGGAUGGCAAACAUGUUGUGUUCGGCCACGUCAAAGAAGGCGUGGACGUCGUGAAGACAAUAGAAUCUUAUGGCUCUAAGAGUGGGAAGACAUCCAAGAAGACUGUCAUCACAGACUGUGGCCAGCUGAGCUAACCGUGGCCAGGGGGCUAAGAUGGUGGCAGGCGUGUGUGUGUUGACUUACCCAGGUAGCCACCUCGGGCUCUUUGCAGAGGCCCCGAAGAGUUGCCUGUGCCCACUCCAAUGUCACUAUGCUUGAGGAAGGCCACUCAGGGAUAUUGGACCUCUACCAGAACUCUCCAGUCUGCU